AUAUAAUUCUCUUUGUGUCGUAGUUUGUCAGCCAUCAAUUAAAACGAAAUCAGAAAUGACGAACUGAUAAAAUUGUAAAAUAAAAAAUGUAAAAUAUACAAAAAUAUUUAAAUACAAACAUGGCUUGCGGUGUGUGCGAGCAUUGCCAAGGUCCGGUGAGUCGGGGUGACAGCAUCUCCAUAAGGGAAGGGUACAGUUAUCACAAGGAAUGUCACAAAUGUUACGUAUGCAGCGAAACAGAUCUGAAAAAUGCAGAGAUCUUCAAAGGGGUGAUAUUCUGCUCAAGCUGCUCUCAGCGCAUCUUCCAAGGUUGCUCGACGGCGCGACAGACUAAGAUCACGCGACCUAGGAGGUCAAGUUCCAGGACCCGGCGCAGGACGCGCCGAUCUCCAAAACCCCAUCGCGAGAGAUUGACAGGCGUCAUAGAGCUGGCCGGGUUGGUUGGGUCCACUGGUUCGGAGAGCAAGAGUGUUUCCGAUGACCCUAACAAGGCUGCCAGGGGCAAAAUCGCGUUGUCGACGGAACUUGCCUUGCAAGUCGGGAAGGAGAUGUGUAUGAAUACUGACAAUAUGAAGAAAAAGAGCGUUGAAAUGGGCACGACAACAGACGUCACUCAAGUGUUGUUGACGCAAAUCGAAUGUACGGAAAUUAAAAAACCGCCUCCAAUACGACAUUCGUACAAAAACAGAAAGGAAAAGCCUAAUAAAGUGACCUGCAGUGACCUCAGAAUCGCAGAACUGGGUGCCUCCACUGAGAUAGCCAAUAUGGCGCUGAGGAAAAAAUCUGAAGUGCCAGUCAUUAUAAAAUCAGAAUCUCGUCUACACCGCGAAGAGUCCAUCAGUUUGUCCAUGUUGAAGCAAGAAUCAGAUAUAUCAGGUGACGUUAAUGAAGAGUGGACCGGUUCUGCGUACAGUACGCUUCGGGAUUCUUCUACAAGACCCCUAAUGGACAGACGCAUCGGUAGCAUUCUGAAGCUUCCUUAUAAAUGCUUUAAAAAGAAUAUAUUGAAUAGAAGUUCUCUGAUCAGCGUCCUAAUAUCAAAUAGUUCCAGCGAACAGGAAAAGAUGCGAAUAGCGAACAAAUUAAGAAUUCUAUUUCAAGAGGAAAUACUCGAUCAUCAACGUCGUGGCAUGAAAAGUUUGUAUUCGACGAUAAAUAGGCGAAAAACACCCUACAGAAUGGGAUGGUUAAAUUUAAUGAUGAAGAUAUCUCAUACUAUGUUACAAAAUGAAACAAAACAUCACAAAAGAUGUAAACACUUCAGGAGGUCUCAUAGCUACCGCUGCAUGAGAGCGAAAGUUAUGCGUCUCGCCGGACCCACUAAAAGCGAGUUGGCCGAGUUUAGAGAAAAGGUCAAGAAUGCUAUGGCACCGGACUUCGUCAAGAAUCUCAUAGCUUACAACAAGAGAUACGCCAUAAUGAUGUCGAAGGCUUGCGGCAGUGACGCGCACGACGGCGAGUCCAUCAGGAAACAUUUGCAGAAACUAGUCAAAUAACUAAUACACAUCACAACAUAA